AUGGACGACAACGAUCAAGUGAUUUUUUACCCGAACCAAGGAGUAGAUCCUCACAACCGAUGCUGCGGUGGUUCCAUGUGGUGCAUUCAGGACAUAUGUGGUAUUAUUUGUGCGAUAUUCACGUGGCUGUUAAUACUGUAUGCUGAGUUUGUGGUGACUUUCGUUACACUAUUGCCAUGUCCGUAUCCCAUAUUUCAAUGUGUCAACAUGGUGAUUUUUCAAAUUUUUGCCUUUCUUGCGAUGGCUUCCCAUCUGCGCACAAUGUUCACAGAUCCAGGUGCAGUGCCAAAAGGAAAUGCUACAAAAGAAAUGAUACAACAUUUAGGUUUACGCGAGGGUCAAGUGAUAUAUAAGUGUCCAAAAUGCUGUUGUAUUAAACCUUCAAGAGCCCAUCACUGUUCUGUUUGCCAAAGGUGUAUUAGAAAAAUGGACCAUCAUUGUCCAUGGGUCAACAAUUGUGUUGGAGAGAAAAACCAAAAGUUUUUUGUAUUAUUUACGCUUUAUAUUGCAGCUAUGUCAAUACACGCAUUAUACUUGUGUGUCAGCCAAUUUGUUUGGUGUCUACAUUCCGAAUGGAAGCAAUGUUCUUGGUAUACACCUCCUGCAACGGUAGUUUUUCUGAUAUUUUUAGGUUUUGAAGCAUUACUAUUUGCAAUAUUCACCAUGGUAAUGUUUGCAACUCAACUACAAGCCAUAUGCUCUGAUGAAACGGGUAUUGAACAAUUAAAAAAGGAAGAAGCUCGGUGGAUGAAAAAAUCUAAAUGGAAGAGCUUACAAGCUGUAUUUGGCAGGGUGUCCAUAACUUGGCUUUCACCUUUUUCACGGCCAGCUCCUAAGAUCAAAGUAGAUAAUUAUCUACAGGUCUAAAGAUAUGAACAGUAUUUACAUAUUUUUAAAGUUAACCUCUCGUACCUAAUAAUAUUAAUAAUUCUACAUUAAAAUAAUCUUGUUAUUUUAAAAUAAAUUUAUAAUACUUUAAAUUUAAAAAUUAUGACUGUUUCAAAUAUAAGACAAUGAUUCUUUUAUUAAGAGAGGAUCUGAAUAAUAAGUUUAAUUAUUUUAUGAACUUCAGUUGCUUUUUUAUUAUUGUUAAAUCCUUGCUACAAUACACUCAGUAAUUAGUUAAUUUGUUACUUUAAAGUUUAUAUAUAUAUAUUAUAUUUAUUUGAAUUAUUAUA